GAUGCCGACAUGUCUGACUCGAGGGAUGAACUGAAUCUGUCUUUGAGACAGUACGUCUCUGUUAUCUUCUCUGACGUUCACACAGUGACAGACUUCAUCAACAGAAGCUCUGACUGGGUAAAGAAAAGAGAGGAGGAGUCAGAGAAAAUGAGAAGAGCAGAAAAGGACCCAGAGAGCGGCUACAGAGAUGAGGCUGGUCUGAAGGAGGGACUGGAGCCGACUCUGAGGGGUCUGAAGGAGAUGCAGAUCUUUCUGGAGGCAGUGGAGAAGUUAGCAGUGACUUCAGCUCAUGUGUUUGACCAGAACCUGGUUGAACUGCUGUCUGAAGAAACUGAUCUGGAGUCAGUGAAGAGGAUCAUAUCUGUCUGUCAGCUCAUCAGUCCUUUGCUUCUCUCGUUCAAACGAGACAAUGCAGCUUUCUUCAGCCCCAAACUGGAGAAUCUGGAAGUGAUGAAGGUUCAGCUAAAACAGUACAUCACAAACAUCAAACACAUCUGUGGUUUCCUCAGACAAGAAUCCCUGACAGAUUUGUGUUUGGACAGUAAUUCAGUUGAUGUGGAUCUGUCAGGAGUAUCUGAAGGUGACAUUGAGCAGAUGUUUCUUCACUUGAAUCUGCUCCAAGAAAUCAGGGAUGACAAACACUUCAGGACAGUGUUCUUGUUCCAGGACAAACACAGAACCUUCAUGGACGAGUUCAGACAGAGGAAGAAGAAGAUGCUGCAGUUUCUGGAGGAUGUAGAGAUCUGUGCAGUGAAGUCAGACAACAUGACGAAAGUGGUACAGAUCUCCAGUGUGGUGGGCAGUUCGGUGGGGCUGCUGGGAGGGGCACUGUCCAUCGUGGGUUUGGCUCUGAUCCCUGUCACAUUUGGGGCGUCUGUGGGUCUGAUUGGGGCUGGAGCUGGACUUGGAGUUUUUUCAGGAACACACACUGUGGUCACCGUAGUCAACAGUGAGCAGACGAAAACGACUGAAACGACUUUUGAAAAGUUUGUGGAAGAUGUGGAGUCUCUGCAGAAGUGUCUGGAUGACGUCAUCAAACAACAUUUUAAGAAUAUCCAAGAAAAUUUCAGAGCCCAGAAUCUCAGGAUCGAUGAUUUAGCAGCUGGUGUUAAAGCCGAUAGUGUAAUGGAAAAGAUUGCAGAGCUGAAUAAAGCAAACGCCGAUGGUGCAGUGACCACUGGCAAAGCUGCUAGAGGUGCGUUCAUUUCUCUAGAUGUACUUUUCACUGGUGUGGAUGUGUUUGUCACAGAUCUGCAGAGAGUCGCUGACACUCACGCCUCAAAGUCCAUCAGAGCCAGAGCCGCUCUGUGGAGGUCAGAGAUCGACUCGAUGCACAAGAUCUAUGAUUCUGUGCAGAAAAAGUUGAAAAGUGAACUCCUCUGGAUCCCGUUUUACGAGGGCAGAGCACGAGUCUAAACACUUUUAUUAUUAUUAAACACAUUUAUUUUAGUAGAGUCUGAGUCCAAUGCACAGUUCAGUGCAGACACUUUAACAUUAUCAGUAUUAAAUUAUAAUACAGUGAAGACUAAAUAAAUCUUUAUAAGUCUCUUGUCUAUGUAGGCAAGCUUGUCUAAAUGUGAAUGUUGCAGCAAUAUCCAACUGUGAAUAACAUGAUUGUGAAUUAAAAAUAAGUGAUGAUAUAAACAGUCUGGAAACUGUGUCCUGAUUCAGCCUCAUGUUUCACAUGUUUCACUCUCAUUCAUGUGACUGAUUUUGUUUUUUAUUUUGUUUUAUAAAUGUGCUUU